UAGCUGUUAAUAAUCGUGUCGAUUACUAUUUAGUCACACCGCGAAAUGAAUAAAUCUCGCAAUAAAAUUCGGAAAAAACACCGAUCAAAUUCACACACUGCUAAACACGAAAAGUUGCCAGAAAAAUUGUCAGAUUUAUCGGUUGCUUCAAGUGAUGACACCGAAGAUGAGGAUGCUGCAGCGAAUUCCGAUUCAAGCACCUCUUCUUCAGGAGGAACGUCAAAGAGCAAGUUUGAUCUUGGCAAGCCAGCACAGUUCCCUGUAAGUAUGUGGGAUCUAAAUCACUGUGAUCCGAAGAAAUGUUCUGGUAGAAAGUUGGUUCGACAAGGAUUGAUUGCUAAUCUUCGUCUGGGUCAGAAGUUUCCUGGUCUAGUCCUAACACCUGUUGGCUCUAGUUGUGUCAGUCCGCUGGAUAGAGGCAUAAUCGAAAGCUCCGGCAUUGCCGUUGUUGAUUGCUCGUGGGCGAGGUUGAAUGAGACACCGUUUAACAAAAUGAAAUCCCCAAAUCCGCGACUGUUACCUUUUUUGGUUGCUGCCAAUCCAAUCAAUUACGGCAAACCGUGCAAAUUGUCUUGCGUUGAAGCAAUCGCAGCCACGAUGUAUAUCACUGGUUUUAAGGAGGAAGCCAUUUGGUAUUUAAAUAAAUUUUCCUGGGGACACUCAUUCUUGACGCUAAAUCAAGAACUGCUGGAUUCGUAUGCCAACUGUCAAAACAGUAAGGAAAUUCUUGAGGUUCAAAACAAAUACCUAGAAAAAGCGGAAGCUGAACAAAACGACCGAAAUAGAGAAGUGGAUUUUCCUCCCAGUGAAAGCAGCAGCGACGAAGAAGGAUAAAUUCAAAAUGUCUUCGUUUUGGUUUAAUGUGAUGGCUCGGAUCGUUAAAACAUAAUAGAAAAGAGGGA